UUCUCCAGUAGUGGUGGCCCGGUGGCUGCUGGCAGGGUGGUGCAGCUCCUCACAUCCCCCAGACGACCGCUUUCUGCAGCCGAUUCUGCAGGGCUCAGACCCUUGGAUUUUCCGUGCGAAUGCUCAAGAUGGUGCUAUCGAAAAAAUGAACGAGGGCGACGAGGACCGCAACCUCGAGAGGUACCUGGAAGAACACCCGGACUUUGUGCGUCGCUGGCUCGUCGAAAAUGGCGACUCCAAGUUGCUGUCGACGCUGCUCGAGAAGCACCAGCAGCGCUCCAGCCUCAACAAUGGCUGCUCGGACGACGAGGCUUCCGAGGAGCAUCCGCCCAUCCGGUCCAUGCCGCGGAGCAAGCGGAACUCGGUGACGUCAGACCUUUUCCAAAUGCUCAUAACGUCGCCGCAGAGGAAAAGCUCCAGUGCAAAAAGUAUCAGCAUGUGCGGCGAAAUCAACAACUGCGUCUCGGCCCUGUCGAAACGCAACCUGGCCACCCUGGACGAGAACGAGCUGUUCAUGGAGCUGAUCAGGGACGUGGCCAACGAGCUGGACAUCAACGUCCUCUGCCACAAAAUCCUCGUCAACGUGGAGCUGCUGACGCACGCGGACAGGGGCUCCCUUUUCCUGGCCAGAGGACCCAGGGAGGCGCGAUAUUUGGUGGCCAAACUUUUUGACGUCACCGUUGAAACAGAACUGGAGGAGGCGGUGAAAAGGGUGCAGUCGGAGGAAAUCCGGAUUCCGUUUGGCCUCGGGAUCGCAGGCAGCGUGGCGCACAGCAAAGAAGUGAUCAACAUCAAAAACGCCUACGAGGACUCUCGGUUCAACGCCGAGAUCGACAUGAAGACGGGCUACAAGACCGACGUGAUUUUAUGCCUGCCAAUUUGCAACUACGAGGGCGAGGUGAUCGGCGUGGCGCAGAUCAUCAACAAGACGGAUGGAUCCAAGGAAUUCUCGCAGCGAGACGUCGAGGUGUUUCGGAGGUACUUGACGUUCUGCGGCAUCGGAAUUCAAAACGCUCAGCUCUUCGAGAUGUCUGUCUUGGAGUACCGAAGGAACCAGAUUCUGCUGAAUCUGGCGCGCAGCAUUUUCGAGGAGCAAAACAACCUGCAGUGCCUGGUGAGCAAAAUCAUGAAGGAGGCGCGCGACCUGCUCAAAUGCGAGCGCUGCAACGUGUUCCUGAAGGACCUGCCCGACUGCUCAGAGCCCAGCCACUUCGAGAACGUCUUGAUGGGGCCGCGCAUCUCGGAGGAACAAGAACCCAGCCAACCCCUUUUCCGCAGGGAGAGUAAGAAUUUGUCAAUUGAGGACGUUUACCAGCAAAAGUGUAUCCAAUUCCACACCGUCUUUGAGCUCAAGCUUAACGAAGACGUCGGCUCGGUACAUCGGCCAUCGCUGUUAGAACUGUCAAAAUCCACUUUGGCGCAAAUUGCUAAAUACGUCGCGGCCACAAAUGAGAUCCUGAACAUUGGCGACGUGUCGUCGUGGAUGAAGCAAGAAGUGAAGGAGGAGGACGGCUUUGUGACCCGCAGCAUCCUGUGCAUGCCCAUCGUCAAUGGGCAGAAAAGCGUCAUCGGAGUCGCCCAACUGAUCAAUAAGACGAAUGGCACGCCAUUCACCGACUGUGAUGUUUCCAUAUUCGAGGCGUUCGCGAUUUUCUGCGGCCUCGGCAUUCACAAUACGCAGAUGUACGAGAACGCUUGCAAGUUAAUGGCGAAACAAAAAGUAGCUCUUGAAUGUCUGUCGUACCACGCGGCGGCCUCGAGAGAGGACACGGAAAAGCUCAACAAAGAGGAAAUUCCUUCUGCGGAAACUUUUAACUUGUAUAGUUUCACGUUUAUCGACUUCAACCUAGAGGAGCACGACACGUGUCGCGCGUGCAUGCGGAUGUUCAUGGAGCUCAACUUGAUCAACCGUUUCCACAUUCCGUACCACGUGCUGUGCAGGUGGGUGCUGAGCGUCAAAAAGAACUACCGUCCGGUCAAGUACCACAACUGGAGGCACGCGCUCAACGUCGGCCAGACAAUGUUCGCCAUGCUCAAAACGGGCCGCAUGGAGCAGUUCAUGAAGGAUCUCGAGAUUUUCGGACUUCUGGUGGCGUGCCUGUGUCACGAUCUCGACCACAGGGGCACCAAUAACUCCUUUCAGACCAAAACUGAAAGUCCCCUGGCCAUUCUGUACACAACCAGCACCAUGGAGCACCACCAUUUUGACCAAUGCGUGAUGAUACUCAACAGUGAAGGCAACAAUAUUUUCCAGGCUCUAUCAACCGAAGACUACAGAGAAGUGAUGAAAGUGGUUGAGACGGCCAUUCUGUCCACCGACCUGGCCAUGUACUUCAAGAAGCGCAGCAGUUUUUUGGAGUUGGUCGAAAACGGAGAGUUCGAUUGGCAGAGCGAGGAGAAAAAAGAAGUGCUGUGUGGAAUGAUGAUGACAGCUUGUGAUGUGAGUGCCAUAGCGAAGCCGUGGGAAAUCCAGCACAAAAUGGCCAAGUUGGUGGCAGACGAGUUCUUUGACCAGGGCGAUCUGGAAAAAUUGAAACUCAAUCAACAACCGAUUGCCAUGAUGGACAGAGAGAGGAAAGACGAACUGCCCCAGAUGCAAGUGGGGUUCAUCGAUGUGAUUUGCAAGCCGCUUUACAAGGUUUUGUCUGAUACAUUCCCGUGGAUGCUGCCACUUUACGAGGGCUGCAUGGAGAAUCGGAAAAACUGGCAGGAUUUGGCCGAGAAGGUGGAAAUGGGGCUGACUUGGAUUGACCACGACACAAUUGACAAGCCUGUGGAGGAAUUCACCAAAACCUGUGAACCUGAGGACAUUGAAUUCACGGUGACCACUUUGCAUCAAGAGAAAAAGCAAUUUUCGGAGCACCCAGGGCGGCUGACGCGUCUCUCGCGGCGCAACGGCGGCCACCGCUUCAGCAGUCUGCGUCACUACACCUUCAAGUCCAAGGACAAGUCCUUCGACAAAGGUGUUUCUGCCAAAACCAGUCCCCCCACCCCAACCAAAGAGUUGAGCUCCCCGGAGUUUGAAACCGGGCUCGAGAAGACAAUCAAGGAACCCGGACCGAAGACGCCCGACGCUUUGCCCACUUUUGACCCGAAACCCCCUUCCGAGGCCGACGAGGGACCUUUGCUGACAGUGAUGCACAAGAAGAAGAAGAAAAAGUGCAUCAUCAUGUAAUUUUAUGGACUCCAAAUUUGGUCGAUAGGUGUUUACCAAUUUAAUUGAGCUCAAAAUUAAAUUAUUUUUUCUUAACCAUUGAGCAAUUUUUAAAUUUCCACUAAAAAAUUGUAUAAUUUUAAUUUGUGAUAUUAAUUUAAAAUGUGAUUAUUUAUUUCAAAUGUUCCAAGUCUAGCAGCUGCGCCGCUAGAAUAAUUUAAAUGUAGGUUUGUAAAUAUAGCCUAUAGUUUACAAAAAAAAAAAAAUGUGUGAGAGGCCCAAUAAAAAACUACGAUAAGCUGGAGAUUUUUAACUGACCUGUAAAUAAAUAAACCGCCAGAGAGCAGCUUAAAAUUGAGACAUGAGUAUUAUAUUUUUUACCACAUAAAUCGCGAACGAGCGAGAAAAUAAAAAUGUAUAAUUAAAAAAAAAGCAGAGAAAAGUGUAUAACAUCUAAAUUAAAAAGACUGUGUAGCUCGUAAGAUAUGAAAAAAUGUUCCAUGUUUCUCAAGCGCAUCAAUACUAUACUUAAUACUCUUUAGAAUUGAAAAAAAAAUAAUAAUUAGUCUAUGAUAAAACAAAAAAAUUAUAAAAUAAAAAAAUCUUGCAUAGACUUUAAA